AUGUCAGCGGUAGACAAUGGCCGGAACAAUCUGGCUGGUCUAUCUCUCGACGACGUUUUGCGAAACACCAAACGGUCUGAACCACCAACGACCCACAACCGUACGCUUCUGGAUAUUACACGAGACGAUGGGUCUAACAAGGACAAGAAGAGUUGGAAAACGUUUCGGGAAAAGCUCCGGCUCAAGCGAGCGGGGUCCGCUUGGACCUCCUCGGUUCCUAUCCCAGCUUCCGAUGUGAAUGUUCAUAGUAGCAAAUCCCAGUUCUCGCGGCGCGGUUCGUUUCGUUCUAACUCUGCUGACUCGACCCACAUUGAGGAUGGAGAUGAACAUGCCUCGGUAUCUGAUCCACCGGUUGUGAACUCUCGGUUGCAAUUGUCGCGGAAGGGUUCCGUUCGGUUCGUGAACAAUCCGACUCAGACGGAUCACGAUGAUUGGGUGGAUGUCAGCAUGCCGAGCCAAUGUCCACCCUCGAGAAGCUUCAGGCCACAAAUUACCCGCCAUCAUUCCACUCGUUUUCCUGCCUCGGACACUGACGGAAACGACGUUGACAGCAUCGACGACGACAACUCUCCUGUGGCACUUGAUGGAUCGCGCCAACUGGGAGCGGCAUUGCGGGAGAGGACAUUGUCUGCCAGAGAAGCAGUGGCUGCACAGGAAGCAGCGGAAGCGGCAGCAGCUGCUGCAGCCUCAGCGGAACAAGCAGCAGCAGAAGCGGGUGCGGCUGAGGAGCCAGUAAAGAUGUCGUUGAUGGAUUUGUUGGGGGAAACGGGAUCGACAUACGGGAUGGGCGACGACGAUGACGAGUACGGCGAGGAAGAAGAGGAGGAGGAGGAAGAGGAAGAAGAUGUAGUGGAAGCGAGUGGCGGAAUCGAGCACACUUGUUGUGUGUGCAUGGUUAGGCAUAAAGGUGCGGCGUUAAUUCCCUGUGGGCAUACGUUUUGUCGGCUUUGUUCAAGGGAGCUUUUGGUUCAGAGAGGGAACUGUCCGCUUUGCAACGGCUUCAUCCUGGAAAUCCUUGAUAUCUUUUGAUUUCUUUUAUCCAGUUC